AUGGGGGAGGCCGACAGGGAGGGUGGCAACGGGGCGGAGGGUGGGCAUGGAUCCACCUGCGUGGGUGCUCGGGCGAUCGCCCACGACGGUGAAGGAGGUGGAUCCGACGACAGCUCCCGCAAUGACGACAACGGCUACCACGACUCCAAUCCCCUCCCCUCUACUGCCUGGCGACCACGGAAGUAUGGUUGCCCACAUCUUUUUGUCACAUUCACAUCAAAUGCAUAUUGGCCAGAAAUCCUACAAGCUCUAGCACCUGGACAACAACCUUCAGAUCGUCCAGAUAUCGUUGACCAUGAUAUUGGUAGUGCAUCUGCAGAUAAUAGAUUAUUACUAGAUGAACUCAGCUAUGAUAUUACCAGCAUUGCAUCUACAUCUGCUAAUGACAUCAAUAGUCUGAAUACAAACCAGAAGGAAAUCUUCAAUUCUAUUUCUAACUCAGUCAUAAAUAAUGAGGGAAGAACAUUCUUUGUGUAUGGAUAUGGAGGAACUGGGAAAACUUUCUUAUGGACAACUUUAUUAAACUUUGUGAGAACUCAAGGGAAAAUUGCAUUAGCUGUUGCAUCAUCAGGAAUUGCAGCCCUCCUACUUCCAGGAGGUAGAACACCUCAUUCCCGCUUCAAAAUCCCUUUGGACAUACGUGAGAAUUCUAUGUGCAGUAUAAAGAAGAACACACACUUAGCAGAACUUAUUCAACAAACAUCUCUUAUUGUUUGGGAUGAAGCACCUGUGAAUCACAAGUAUUGUUUUGAAGCAUUAGAUCGCACACUUAGAGAUAUAUUAUCGGACAUUCGACCUAAUGCACAGCAUAGGCAAUUUGGUGGAAUAACUGUUGCAUUUGGUGGAGAUUUUCGGCAAACACUUCCUGUUAUUCAGAAUGCAACAAGGCACCAAAUUCUACGAGCUUCUAUUGUUAAUUCAUACUUAUGGCAUCAAUGUGUAGUUCUUCAACUGACUGAAAAUAUGAGACUUAGCUCACAAAACCUUUCACCAUCCGAUAAAGAAGAACUACGGGUAUUUGCAGAUUGGCUUUUAAGAGUAGGAAAUGGUACAGAGCCUCAUAUUUCAAUAGAAAAUGAAACCAAUGGAUAUGUACCAAGCAAUAUUACAACAUAUUUUUGUGAUCGUGCAAUUUUACCACCAAUAAAUGAGGUUGUUUCAGAAAUAAACAACAAAAUCAUUGCUCAAGUAACAGCUGCUGAAAUGUCAUAUUAUAGCUCAGAUACUAUUGAUGAUAGCUGUGCAAACCAUUCAACUCUAGAGGCUCUAUACCCAACAGAAUUCCUCAACACAAUAUCUUUGAAUGGACUUCCAGACCAUGUUUUGCAUCUCAAAAUUGGUGUUCCUAUAAUGCUUUUGCGUAACCUUGAUCCUUCUAGAGAUCUGAUAGGAGUUAUCAGCCAUGUUGGACCAUAUGAUUAUGCUGGCAAAACAUCAUCCAAGAAAAACAGAAAGCUCAAAAUCCGUAACAAAGAUGAACAAGAACAAGAAAUAGUCCUCUGGGGUGAAUAUGGAGAGUCAUUUGAUGAAGCUUUUGUUCUACAGAAAUCUACAGACCACAAAAUAGUAGUAGCUAUACUUGCUGGACUUACAGCAGGGACUUAUUUAGGCAAAACAGAGGCUACAUCAAGUUCAGCAACACAAAUAUAUUUUGACUCCGAUAUAACAGAGAUUGCUGAAUAUCAAAGCAGGUAA